AUGCAUACAAUAUCUUUUAUUACUUUUAUUAUUUUAUUACAAUCAAUUGUUCAACCAUCGUCGAUAAUAUUAACUUCUAAUGUAGCUAAAUGUUUAAGUGACUUAGCAACACAAGAACUUUCUGAUUCAUAUAAUUAUCUUCAAUUAUCAUCAAAAUUUGGUGCAACAAAUGCGUAUCCUGGUUUUUCAAGUCUAUUUAUUAAAUUAAGCGAUGAUGAUUCAUCAAAAGCUCAUGAUCUUAUUAAAUUUUUAACAUUACGUAGAGCUAAACUUGAUCGAUUAAUAAAUACAAAUGGUGUAAGAAUUCGUACUGAAAUAACAAAUGCAAUGGAUAUUUAUAAUGGUUUAUUAGAAGCACGUAAUCAAAAUAAAGAAGCAUGGAAUAUAGUUGUACGAUGUCAUCAAGAAGCUGCCAAUAUUAGUGAUGCUAAUGUUCAGGAUUAUCUUGAAUCACAUAUUUUAGAACAUCAUAUUGAAAUUGAUAAACAUUUAGCAGAUUUUGAAAAUCGUCUCAAUCAAGCUCCAAUAUCAGAAAAAAAAUUAGCAACAUUUAUGCUUGAUGAAGAACUUUUAGAUACAUAUGGUGAUCGUCGUAAAGAUAUUUUUUAA